GAGCGUUCCAUGUACCGUACUGUCGAGAAACGCCAUAAAGAUAGACUUUCGGCGUUCCGCGCCGAUUUCUUGGAUCCGCGCUGGUCCCCCCGGGCGGCGCCUGUGGCGCCGCCCCUGGCGCGCUCCGCGCGCCAGGGAGGGGGGUCCAGCGCAGAUUUAAGAAAUCCGCGCGGAGCGCCAAAGUUUUUGUGUAUGCCGUUUUUUCUUUUUCUACGAGCAGCGAAAGAGAUGAGACAUCUGGUUUUCGCGCAUUCCUUUCUGUUAGAACUGGUGGCAGCAAUUCAGUCAUCGCAGGUUUCGUUCAAUGAAGGUCCCACCUUUCCAGACGACCAUCCUGGCAUCCUUGCAGCACAGUCAAAGCGCACCCAGCUCAAAAUACCCUUGCAGCUCGUGAUGACGGCGAAGGCCGGGGGUGUCGAUGAUUUGCCACCGAAGCAACGAGACAACGUCCGGGAGACGCUGGCGCUGAACCCUGAGCUGACGUUGCGAUUUCUUACCGAUGAGGACUGCAGAGGCUUCAUUUCUAAAAACUACGAGCCCGACUUGCUUUCCGCGUUUGACAAUGAAAAGCAUGGAAGUUACCGGGGUGACAUUUGCAGAGCGGCGGUAAUUGCAAUCGAAGGCGGCUUCUAUGCAGAUCUGGAUGUUCAGUUUCGUGUUCCUUUCGUGAAAAUGGUAGACGAGGGCACGACCUUCAUGUCUGCCCUUCGGGCUUGA